AGGACAUGUACGCUUGGUCCGAUACAUCCUGAACACCAAAGACAUGGACGACUCGGGCUGGAUCGAAUCUGUGUACACUCUCAGCGCGCUUCCUGCGCCAUUGGACUCGCACAAUGGCCGCAUCACCGCGUCUGUCGUCACCUCAUUGGUCAGAGGAAAGAAGCGGAAGCGUUCUGAGAUUGCAGCGGCCAUCGAUGGCGAAGGUGUCAAUCUUUACACGGUCGAAGAUUCGAGCCUUAUAGCUUCGUACGCAGUCUCGCCAAACACGUACUUUGACGCCGCACCCUUCUCGGUGUGUUGCAAAUAUCCCCAGCAUUCUCCUCAGCGACGCCUGACGUACGCCGCCUCGCGCGUGUCGAGGACAUCAGAAACGGUGCAAAUCGGUUGCUUCGAAGCUGCUUAUCAAGAAUCGGGGCAAGGCGCAUCGAAACUACCCGCUCUGCCUUUACCGUCGGCUGCUCAAGUCGCACUCAUUGACAUACUGCCCGUUCAACAAAUCGCAAAAACGGAUGCUUCACAUUAUGUUCUGGCACUACAGAAGGACGGAACGCUCACUUGUCUUUCGGAGAAGGUAGACAAGACGUUCUGGUCUGCUGACUUGAGUGGUCUUCCAACUGCACCCGACGGGUUUGAUCUACCAGAAGCUUUCGAGCUUCUCCAUGCUCAGCUUGUUCCUCUAGAAGCGGCAUCUCAGGGAGUUCUCAAGGGCAGACAAGAUUUGCUUGCCGCUAUUGACACCGCCGAUGCUGCAUCGUUACAUGUCUUAACUAUCGUUGUAGCAUCACCCUCGAUACGAUCGCCCGACGCCAUUGACGUAGAUGUUCACCUUUAUUCCAUACGCUCGAAUGUACUGGACAAACAGCCGCUUUCACGGUUAUUGCCCCAACAACUACUCUCAUGGAACGUUCCUCAACCGGUGAGACGCCGCUCUACGACCGCCUUGCAGUGCGAGCUUGCCUCCAAGACAGGGCUGCUCACCGAACUUAAUGAUGGGAACAUCAUCACUUAUGAUCUCUCUGGUCUGUCACCCAAAAUCAUCGAUACGUUCAUGUCGAGGGACAAGUCACAAUCCUUCAUUAGACUAUCUCCGGCCUUGCUACUGACUGCAUCAUCCGAGAAAUACGCAGUUUAUGAUUCCAAGUACGGUUCCCUGCUUGCAACUCGAGCGAUUCCUCCUCUUUCCUCGACGAAUGCGAGAAAGCCAAUGAAUUCGACAUCAGAUUGCAAAAAUCAAGUAGUUCGAUUUAUUGGCUUCCGCCGUAAAACAGGAAGAGCGAUCGCUCUACACGGCGAUGAUUUGGCCGUCAUUGAAAUCAGGAAGUUGACGAGGGAAAAUAAACGUCGAAGGCCGGAAACACGGCUUAUUGAUUCUUUAGGUAAAGGAAUGCUUGAUUCGAGGCCACUGUCCGUCGACCCUAAUAGCAUCAACGGCCGUACGAGCAAAAAGACGAAGAUUGGCACAUCAUCUUUGUUUACCUCGUCUGAACUAGAUGCCUUACUUGAGAAAGGAGAUCUCGACGAGUUUGAGAAAUCAUUUGCAAGAGCCUUGGACUUUGAUACCGUAACGGGCAGCAGCAAGCACAAUGGUACCGGGCAUUCCGAAUCAAAUUUUGCUAGUGGUUUUCCACCUCUGGACAAGCUGAACAGUUUACCGGCAAGUCGACCACAAGUUCUAUAUGCUCUGAGCAAGUUGUUCGAGCCAAUUGAACCAUUGGAAAAUGAGGAUCAAAGAAAGCGGAGCUUGCGACCCGCGUCCAUUCGUCUCAAGAUCUAUCCCGAAAAUAUUUUCUUGUGGCUUACGCAUACAGGCCAGCUGAGAGGAGACUUGAUCGCACGUGCUCUAUGCGAGCAUUAUGGCUUCGAUAGAGUUGUUCCACAUGGUGAUUUGAUGAAAUCUCUGGCGGAAUGGGACAGUGACCUUUCGCUUGUUCACUACGUUCUUAAAUGUCAUCCGAAUCUACACGUCAACGAGCUUACGGUCGCUAUCAAAAUCAUUAUUGACAGUCUUGACAAUUCCACUCUUCCUCAGCCGGAACAUAAACUGUUAAUUGAUGAUGAGUUUGCGAAUGCAGCGGCCUCGACUGGUGCACUUACAAACGGAGUCGGCCUUGGAGCUGGCCUAGUCAAUGGCGAAGUUUCUAUGCCAAGCGACACAGAAAAGCCAAAACCAACAGCUUUAGACAUUGAAACGAUCACAGAUGCUGUGAUGAAAGACGUUGACGACAUGAUGGACCGGGCUUACGAGACUCUAGAUCAACUGCUGCCAAUACGUGGCGAAGCUUUACGAUAUGCGUUGACGAAAUUAAGUACAUUUCCAGCUUCCCAAGUCACCCUGGCUUUGCGGAACUACCUCACUCAGCAUGAACUCAUCUUCCUAAUUCACAUUCUUCGGGUGGAGCUUGAUCAAGGCGGCUGGACUACACGUUAUACUGACAGGGAGGAUAACGACGGAGAAGAGUCGUCUGAAGAGCCUUCGAAUCAAGCCAUUAAUGUCAUAUCGGCCAUGUUAGGAUGUACAGUUGAUGCUGUCGGGAUGAGUGGCUGGCUUACCUCAAGUGCUGCCGUUCCAUUUGAUUCCAUUGAUGAAACCCUUACCCUCCUGCGGGGAGAGAUUAGCAAUACGCUUGAAGGUGUACAUGAGGCUACUUUUGUUAAUGGUGUCCUCAGCGAAUUUUUGCGACACCACUACAAACGCAAAGCGUACGAGCACGCGACGCCGCAAAACCGCAAGGCUGUCGCCGCUGCGAAGGAAGAGGCUUUGUGGAAGGCAGGCAAAACUGUGAUUGUCCAGGAGGCGCCACCGCCGCAUCUGCCUAUGGGCUUGGGAUUGGAAGAGCAGGGUGUACAAAUGAGUGUAAGUUUGUACACGAGGACGUCAUACGGCGAAGUGAAAAAGAAAACAAUGGCGGACGUGAGCAGGGAGAUCAGGAGGAAUCUGCCACCAUAUGUAUUUGAACGAAUUCGAUUCUAGCAGUAAAAUCUAUUCGUUGAGAUUCUUUGCCCCGAAUAA